AUGUCAAACCCGAGCCCUCAAUCGGACGCGUCUGACUCUGAGCCUGAUGCAGGUUUCGUAAUUCGCCUAGGAAAGAUCCAAACCAUUGGCCAACUCUACCAGAGCAAGGUCUUGCAGGCAGCUGCGGCGGACGAUGUCCAUUAUAAGCCGAAUUCUACCCUGCUCGGUCGCGUCUGUCUUUAUCAAGGGAAUAUCACACGACUUGGACUGGAUUCUAUCGUCAAUGCUGCAAAUAAGAGCCUUCUAGGUGGAGGAGGAGUGGAUGGCGCUAUCCAUACCGCGGCGGGACCAAAGCUGGUCGAUGAAUGUCGUGGGCUGAAUGGAUGUCUGACUGGGCAAUCCAAAAUCACCAGAGGAUACGACCUCCCUGCUGCCCAUGUGAUCCACACAGUUGGACCUAUCUAUUCCUCUGAAAACGAGGAAGAUAGUGCUGAGCUGUUGGCGUCUUGUUACAGAACAAGCUUGCAGCUGGCAGUUGACCACUCAUUGCGACACAUUGCUUUCCCAUCGAUCUCAACGGGAAUAUAUGGCUAUCCCAUCGAAGCUGCGACUCGCGUCGCGCUGGACGAGGUUAGGAAGUUCUGCGAAUCGGAGGUCGGCGACAAGCUGGAUAGAAUUAUAUUUGUGGUCUGGAGCAACAAAGACAAGGGCGUGUACGAGAAACUAAUUCCAGAGUACUUUCCUGCCGAGUAGUUCAGGUCACGUGUAUUAUAGAAAAGUUGUAACAUGAAUGAUGCUUUUUGCUUACCUC